GGCAACACUUAUUCGUUCUAGUGUUUACCUGAAGUUUAAGUUCACACGUGGAAAAGUAGUAAAUUUUAGUUAUAUUUUAAUCGCGUAUUUUGAAAUAUGUCACGUGUAAUUGUGAAGAAUUUGCCAAAACGAAUUACUGCAGAUCGUUUAAGAGAAGUAUUUUCAUCCAAGGGCCAGAUUACUGAUUUACAGUUAAAAUAUACAAAACAAGGAAUCUUUCGACAAUUUGCAUUUAUUGGAUUUAAAGAAAAAGAAGAAGCAGAGGCUGCUGUUCAUUAUUUUCAUAAUACUUUUCUCGAUACUUCAAAAAUUUCAGUUGAAUUUUGCUGUGAUUUAGGUGAUACAAAUAAACCCAAAGCUUGGAGUAAAUAUUCUAAAGAUAAUUCUGUUCAACAGAAUAAUUUUGAAGUUAUUGAUGUUAAAUCAAGCAAAAAAGAAAAAACUAAAGCAAAUAAAAAUGUGAAUAAUGAAAAAGCCAAAUCAGUAUUUGAAGAAAUGUUAGAAGAGGUCAAAGAUGAUAAAGAAUUUUCUGAAUUUAUACAACUACACAAAAACAAAAAAAAAUUCUGGAGUAAUGAUACUGAAGAAUUUACACCAAAUAAUAUCUCAUUACCAAGUGAUUCAGAAGAUGAAACAGUGGAACUAGUAGUUGAACUUUCUGGUAUUAUAGAAAUAAAUAUGUACACAACAUGCUUAAGGAUAUUUUCUCAUGUUUUAAGCAAUGGUUCCCACACCCAGGGAUACUGCCAAAAACUAGUUGGGCACUGUGAUCAGGAUGAUGAUGAUAAAUCAGAGCCUUCAGUUCAGAAAGAGUCUGAAAAAAAGAAAAUCAAGAAUAUGAAUGAUGAGUAUACAGUAAAAUUGAAGAAUCUGCCAUACAAAUGUAAAAAGAAAGACAUUAAAGGUUUUUUUACUCCAUUGAAAAUAGUCAGUUUAAGACUUCCUCCUAAAGUUAAAGGUAUUGCCUAUGUGAAAUUUAAAACAGAAAAACAAAUGAAACAAGCUCUGAAUAAACAUAGGGGUUUCUUGUCUGGACAUAGAAUUGAAGUUGUUAAAUAUGUUGCUAAAAAAGAAUCACAUUUUAAGGAUGACAAUAAAGAAGAAAGACAUUAUGUUCAAGUAGAGGAAGAUGUAGGCGAAUCUGGUAGAAUUUUUGUUCGAAAUUUAUCUUACACAGUUACAGAGGAAGAAUUAGAAGAACUAUUUAAAAAAUUUGGUCCUUUAACUGAAGUUCAUCUACCUGUAGAUGGAUACACAAGAAAAAUAAAAGGUUUUGCAUUUAUAACUUUCAUGUUUCCUGAACAUGCAGCAAAAGCUUUUUCAGAGCUUGAUGGUUCAUGUUUUCAAGGUCGCAAUUUACAUCUAUUGCCAGCUAAACAGAAAAAGGUGGAAGAAAAAACGAUAACAGGUUAUAAGCAGAAAAAACUAUCUGAAUUAAAAGAACUGUCAGACAGUUCUCACAACUGGAAUUCACUUUUUCUUGGAGCUGACGCUGUUGCUGAAGUUCUGGCUGAAAAAUAUAACAAAACAAAGGCUGAAAUAUUAGAUGCAGAAACGAAAGACAGUGUUGCUGUACGUAUGGCUUUAGGAGAGACAGAAUUAGUAACAGAAACAAAACAAUUUCUUCUCGAUCAUGGAAUCCAAUUAGAUUCUUUUGGCCAGCCAACUGCUGAACGCAGCAAAACUGUUAUUCUAGUAAAAAAUUUACCAGCAAAUACUAAACCAGAUGCCAUAAAUGAAUUAUUUUCUAAAUUUGGUGUAGUUACAAGAGUUAUUUUGCCACCUUUUGGAAUAACAGCUAUAGUGGAAUUUGAGGUACCUGCAGAAGCAAGAGCUGCUUUUAAAGCAUUGGCAUAUAGUAAGUUUCAGCAUGUUCCUUUAUAUCUUGAGUGGGCUCCAAUAAAUGUCUUUAAUUCAUCUCCAUCAAAAGAACCAAAAACUAUAGAACCUGAAAGUAAAAACAUUAUUCCUGAUAAUGAUACAAAAGCUGAAGAUGAUGAUGAUGAUGAUGAUGAUGAUGACAAUGAUGAUGAACCAGAAGAAGGCAGUACUUUGUUUGUGAAAAAUAUUAAUUUUCAAACUACAGAAGAAGAACUGAGAGAACAUUUUAAAAAAAUUGGACCCAUACAUUCUGCAACCAUAGCAAAAAAGAAAGAUCUCAACCAUCCAGGUUGUCUUUUAUCAAUGGGAUAUGGAUUUGUUCAAUAUAAGCAUAAAAAUUCUGCACAACAAGCAUUAAAACAAUUACAGCAUUCAAAAUUAAAUGAUCAUGCAUUAGAACUAAAAAUUUCAAACAGAGCAACACAGCCAGUAACAGCUACAAGGAAAAAAGCUAAAGAAGGAAAGCAAAAAAGUUCUAAAAUUUUAGUCAAGAAUAUACCUUUCCAAGCAACAACAAGAGAAAUUGCAGAUUUGUUCAGAGUAUUUGGAGAAUUACAAACAGUCAGACUACCAAAGAAGCUUCACGGUACAGGAACUCAUCGUGGAUUUGGUUUUGUUAUUUUCGUAACCAGAAAAGAUGCUAAACGAGCCUUUAAAGCACUGUCCAACAGUACUCAUAUUUAUGGUAGACGAUUAGUUCUAGAAUGGGCUAAUACUGAUGAUAAUGAUGUUAAUACAUUAAGAAAGAAAACAUCAAAAAAUUUCUUUAAUGGUCACAACUUACGCUUAAUUAAUAAAAGCAAAAUGGAAAAUGCAGACGUGUCUGCCGCCUUUUUUUGA